UCUAAAACAUAACACGCGUGGCCUCUGAGCGUUGAGCAAGUGCGUUAAAUGAGUCUAAUGCGCGUUCACAUUAAAAAAGCCAUUGCCAUCGGGGCAUUCGGCACCUGUGCUAUUGUUCUUUUCAUACAUAUUUUUUACAAGUAUUCGACGUUAAACGAAAGUGAACCUUACUGGAUGAUCAAAAGUGAUUUUAUCUUAUCCAACGAUACAAAUUUAAAGUACAUUUUACAAUGGACGUCGCCCUCAACUGAUCCGUUCGUUUAUAUGGGAGUCGGCCAAGAAGUUUUUAAGCGACGGAACUGUACUUACACGAACUGUGUGAUUACUGCCUACAGAUCCCUGCUUGACCUGCAGGAAUAUGAUGCUAUAAUAUUUCACGGACCAGAAGUCGUGCGUAUGCAAAACAAAGAUCUGCCACAGAAGAGGUCAGCGCACCAGAAGUAUGUUUUUGCAUCAAUGGAAUCAUCACACUACUACCCAGUCUGUUCAAGAAGGUUUGACGAUUACUUCAAUUGGACUUGGACGUUUAGACUGGACUCUGUUUUGCGGUGGUCGUAUAUAACGGUAUGGGAUUCGAAAAAUAAUGUUAUCGGGCCCGAAAAGAACAUGCACUGGAUCAAGCCUGAAGAGAUGGACCCUGUCAGUGAGAGGUUCAAGCAGAAGUUGAUGUCCAAGACGAAAGCGGCUGUAUGGUUCGUUUCCAAUUGCGCCGACAAAUCUGGACGCUUAAGAUUUGCUGAAAAACUGAAAGAUACACUUAAAGAGUAUAAUCUUGAGCUCGAUAUAAUUGGAGCUUGUGGAUCAAAUUCUUGUCCUAGAUCAAAGAGAGAUGAGUGCAAUAAAAUGGUUGGCGAAAGAUACUUCUUUUACUUGUCGUUUGAGAAUUCAUUUAAUAAGGAUUAUGUAACAGAAAAAUUGCUGACUGCACUAAAUAAUGAUGUGGUACCCAUCGUGUAUGGUUUCGCCAAUUAUACAAGGUUCAUGCCCGACGGAAGUUACUUGAAUGCUCGGGAGCUGGGCGUGACAAAUCUGGCACAGAUGAUGGCCGAUAUCAUUAGAGACCCAGAACGGUAUGCCAACUUCUUCAGAUGGAAGAACCAUUAUUCGUACAACUAUAAGGAUCCAAAUCCCGACAGCAACUCUUACUGCCAAAUGUGUGCCCUGAUGAACGAUGAAGAAAAAAUUGGAGAGACAACAAUUGUACAUAAUUUUAGAGACUGGUGGGAUACUUGGGACAUUCCUGGAUUAUGUGAUAGCUAAAAUAUUUUAUAGUUGUCAUAGUACGCAGGACUGACGGCCGAUGGGGCAGCAAGGUUCUGGAGUGGACGCCACGUACUGGAAAACGCAGCGUGGGACGUGGACCGAUGACUUAAAGGUAGCAGGAAGGCGCUGGAUGCAGCAGGCAGCUACCAACCGGGUGAUAUUGGAAAUCAUUGAAGGAGGCCUAUAUUCAGCAGUGGACGUCCUGUUGCUGAAAUGAUGAUGAUGAUGAUGAAGUUAUUUUAUAGUCUAAUGGUAAUAAUUAUUAUUUGCAAUCUACAUAGCGUUUACAUUUGUGGCAAAAUUUUGUGCUCUGAAUAAGUUAUAUCUUGUAAGUAGUCCCAAUGAAUGCUUUAACGACGGUGUAGAGAGAAAUCCGUGGAACACAAUUUUUGACCUCGGGAUUUUAUUUAGACUAGUUAGGAGGUGAACAUAGCAAAAGUCCCCGCCCUUAGCCCUUGAGCCGGCGGGGCAAGGGGGGUUUAAAGGUACCACUUUUCGGUUUUUCGCUUAUUCCUAGGAAACUAUGCGUUCUAGUGACAUGACUACUAUGAACCAAAAAAAGCUUAUUCAAUUUUCUACAGGUGAGAUAGUCAAGUUUUUCUAUAUCUUGUAUAGUUUUCGCGGCAUCUGCUCUCGAAGGUUUGUAAUAUUGGUAUUUUUAUUUUUGUCUUACAUGUUCCCAACAGGAGAAAAUCGACUAAAUCAAUAUUGAGCAAACAUUCUAGACAUGCGGGAGUAUGUUAAGCCUAGUUUCAGGGAGGAGACUGCACUGUGCGAAUAUUUAGACGAACCACUUGGAGCCACUUUUGAUUCCUCAUCACUCAAAAACUACUGUGCAUUAACACUUCAAAGGCACAUGAGUUGAGACUUGCAAGAUAAAUAUCGGCUUCAAAUUUCAUAAAUAUACCUCAAACGGUUAUUUAGAUAUUAACGUUCAAAAAUCGAAAUUUAGUAUACUAAAAUCUAUCUAUCACCUGUGAAAUGUUAAAAUUUACUGGUUUUUUAUUUGUUCCUUUGUAUUUACACAUCUACUUAUCUGGAUGCCAAAUAUGAACCUUCAAGGUCCUCUGGAAGUGGUUAGAAUUUGAUCUAUAGGUCAGACAUGUAGAUUUUUGGACGUCAAUACCUAAAGAACCGUUUGAGAUAUACAUAUAUUAGGGUGGAGCACGGUUGUAUGGGAAAAAAAAUUUUUUUAGUUUCGCAGUUCUAAUAGGGGGGGAUUUGUGCCUUAUAUGAAAGUAUAAAUAACUGUAAUUUUUUAUCCCAUUUAAUGAAUAUCUUCUGCCUCCGCAGUGACUUCAAAAUUUUAAAAUUUUAUUUAAAGAUGAAAGUCGUCUAAGGUGAAAUAUUGCGCUCUAUUUAUUAGUAAGAAGGUAUUAAAUGACAGAUAAUUUAUAGAUUAGAUAUUUACUAAGGUAAUAUAACAAGAAAUACAUACAAGAAUUAGAUAAAUUACUUUAAUUAUUAUGCUUGAAAAUCCUUUUUUGAUCAAAAUUUAGGCAUCACGUUUCGCGAUUCCAACUUGACUUUUAUUGCACCUUAUUAGUGACUUUCUGGAUGCAGUGAGAAAUAGAAUCUUUGAUCGUAAUCUUCACAGGUCCCUCAACAGCUUGAGUGAGGUAGAGAAGCCUUAAAACAAAGGUUUGCUCUCACCACCAGAUUUGACAAUGUGCUGAAUUUCUUAGUCAAAUAAAUAUCUCAAAAGCGGCUGUUUGGUUAAGUAAAUUAAAUAAAUAUAUAAAAUAGCAUUAAAGUGUAUCACUAGUACUUAAAAAAUUCUAGGUAUUGAAGGGUGACUCGUACUGUGUGACUUUAGUAUGCGACGAGCGGCCAGCUCUCUGACAUCGUAAGAAGACUGCUAUCAGGAUACUCGUAAUAGCUUUUUCUCCGGGUAACUAGUUCUUUAAUCUUUCAUAGGGUAUCUGGCAGGCCUCUCGAGGCCAUAAUAAUAUUAAACAUAUGACGGGUGCCAUCUUUGCAUGAUGGUUUUGUCUUAAUCAAAAACCAGGAAGAAGCAUAGACUUUAACCACAAUAGUAGCCAGAGGUAUCAAAAUUUCUAUUGGAUUUUAAGUUUCUACAAUGCAAACGUAGUAUUCGGUACGCUCGUGUGAUCUAACGGGCAUGUUCCAAUUCACCAGGAGAAAUUAUUGCGAGAUUUUGUGAGAAUACGCCUAAUUACCGCCGACGCAAUUUUAUGCAAGUUCUGCUGAUCAGUACUCAGAUAAUUGGCCAUUUCUGAUCACAUUUGUCCUUCAAUUUCUUCAAAUUUAUAGAUAGGCAGUUUCUCACAUGUUUCCAGAGCUUUUCCAGUAGACUAUCUGACAAAGACGCGAGUCGCGAAAAGGGCCAGAAAAAUUCUCUUCUCGCGCUCUCUCACGCCCUUAUAAAAAUUAUAAACCCAAAGCCUGGCUUUUUUGUGUAUUUUACAUUGAAAAUAUAGCAUAUCAGUAAACGAUUUGUGAUAAUAAAAUUGUAUUCUUAUUUAAAUAUUGCAGCGCCUAAGUGAGGUCUAAAACCAACUUUUUCUAUAAAUUCAGUGUCGAUGCGGAGGCAGUUACUCUAAACCGAAUUGAUUAAUAUGUUGCAUGACUUAAUUUAAGCCCUAAAGGCACAAAAUUUUGACUAUUACAUUACAGAUAUCUGAAAAAAAAAAUUUUCGCUCCACCCUAAUAUAUAUAUGAAAUUUGAAGCUGAUGUUUAUCUUGCAAGUUUCAACACAUGUGCCAAAUUUGAGGUGUUAAUGCACAGUAGUUUUUGAGUGAUGAGGAUUCAAAAGUGGCUCCAAGUGGUUCGUCUAAAUAUUCGCACGGUGCAGUUCCCUCCCUAAAACUAGGCUUAACAUACUCCCGCAUGUCUAGAAUGUUUGCUCAAUAUUGAUUUAGUCGAUUUUCUCCUGAUGGGAACAUGUAAGACAAAAAUAAAAUUUCCAAUAUUACAGACCUUCUAGAGCAGAUGCCGCGAAAACUAUACAAGAUAUAGAAAAAAAUUACUAUCUCACCUGUAGCAAAUUGAAUAAGCUUUUUUUGGUUCAUAGUAGUCAUGUCACUAGGACACAUAGUUUCAGAGGAUUAAGCGAAAAACCGAAAAGUGGUACCUUUAAACCCCCCUCUCCCCGCCGGCUCAAGGGCUAAGGGCGGGGACUUUUGCUAUGUUCACCUCCUAACUAGUCUAAAUAAAGUCCCGAAGUCAAAAAUUGUGUUCCACGGUUUUCCAUCUAUAAUGCUUUAUUGACUGGACUAAAGUAAUUAUGUGGUCUUUUUAGAACCCAUUUAUUGUUAACAUCGAAUGGUAUGGACAGAGUAAUUUGUUUUUUCUAUGGUAUGGAUGGAUGAAAUAAGUAAUAUUAAACAAAUAGUUACAAGUAACCACAAUGAUAUACCUACCUAUUUAUAUUUAUAUCAGUACUUCAACUACGAUGUUAACUAACAACACUAGAUAACAACACUCCAGUCUGUAGGCACAACAGUAGGCAGAUACUUGAUAUAAAGAGAAAUUCAAUUUUAAUUAAUUUAUUGCGGAGAUAAUAUUACAACCAUGUGCACACACAAAAAUGGUCGCAAAGCCCCUUUACCUCGUGGCCAAACUAAAAUGCCUAACUAAUUUGGCCAUGAGGAAAAUAGCCAAACCGCGUGGUCAUAGUUUAAAAAUAACACACACCGUAAAUGUUCUAGUCACAUCACGGAGAAAUAAGAGACCAACAGAAAUGAAAAAAUAUUUGUAUUUGACAAAAAAACUACAUCUUAUAGCCAAAUCUCUAUAAGAGACUACCAGAUUAAAAAAUAUUUUUGUUUUUGACAAUAAAUAUUUUUUUCUUCUUCUUAAAAAUAAAACCGGCCAAGUGCGAGUCGGACUCGCGCACCGAGGAUUCCGUAUGAACCUGUAGGUAGGUAUAUAAGUUUGAUUUUGUUGCAGCUUUUAAGGGACUUUAAACCUGAAUAUUUGAUAUAAAUUUAAAUUUAAUACCUCUACGCGUUCAUGAGGAAAGUAGUAGUAACUUUAAAAUAAAAAAAAAUGUAUUAAAAAAAACUACUUACUAGAUCUCGUUUUUUUUAGUUGUAACAAUCAUGAUGUAAUAAUGUGUAAGUAUUAUUAUGUCCAAUGACUUUAUUGUAAACAACAACAGACUUAACUAACAACACACUUAAACGAAAUACCAACUCUACAACACAUUUUGGCAAGCUUAUAGCUAGAGCAAGAUGAAAGAGCGAGCGAACAUGUGGCUUACCCGUUUCAUUAUACAAGAACUAUUGUAUAACAGAAAAGUAAUGAACAGUCAAUAAUAUUUUCACCUUACGCUCAUGUUGAUGUAGCGAAAUGGCAAAGCCACAUAAUUUGAGAAUAUAGCGAAAUAGCCAAGCCACAUAAAAGUUGUAGAGUUUGUGAAUUUAGGCCUUGUAGAGUUAGGGCGUGUAGAGUUAAAAGCCUGGCUCUACAUGAGAUCUGAUAACUUUUUGUCAGUGCGAGUAAUAUAGUCUCGUCUUAGCAACAUUUUACAUGAAAAUGUUUUUGAUGGGAUUAAAUCUUACGGGAUUGCUACCAUGUACCUUAAUUUUGAGUUUCCGAUAUUUCUGCACUGUUGCAAGCGCCAUGGUCGCGGAGUAACUGAAGAAACUUGCGGGUGAGAUGUUUAAAACAAUAUAUCUAACUAUAUUAAGCUAAAUACUGUAGGAUAUUAUGCUGUUGUGAUAGAGGCUGUCUUCGUACAGUCGACAGCACAUCAACCUAUACAUUUUUGUUGCAAAAUAGCCUGUAAUACUACGAGAUAAGACGCCACUGUGUUUAGGUUGAUGUGCUGUCUUCGUACAUCCAACUAAAGGCUCGUUCCCAUGGUAAUCCAGCUUUGCGGGAUCCAGUGAUGCAGGAUACUGCAAAACAUACAUAUGUAUGUGUGCUAAAAUUCGAAUUACUUACAAAUUCGAACGGAUCCGUUUAUUGCGGGACACUGCGAAUGGGAUGUUCAUGUGAACGUUAUUAUUAAACCACAACAGGAUCCUGCAAAAAACGGGAUGUCUCAGUACUUUAUACAGGGUGUUAGGUAAAUGGGUAUAUGAGCCGACACUAGCCCAUGUUAACAUGGGCAUAUAAAUGGUAUGGUGAAGUCAGAAAUUUGAUAUUAUCAUUUUAUUUUUUUAAAUUUUCAUACAAAAUAUUUUUAUAAAAUCCGAUUUGUAUGAAAAUUAAAAUAAUUUAUAUUAAGAUAUCAAUUUUCUGACUUCACCAUAUCAUUUAUAUGACCAUGUUAACAUGGGCUAGUGUCGGCUCAUAUACCCAUUUACCUAACACCUUGUAUACAAGCCUUUUAGGAUAAAUUACGAAAUAACAUUAGAGGUGAAUCACUUCUAUUUUAUCUGAAUAAAUAAUAGUUAUGUUUUAAUAAUUAAGGUGAUUUGGCUCUUACCUAAAUUAAUUGUUUUUUAUUUCAGUACUUAGAAAAAAAUAGGUAAGUAUCAGAUUACUAUUGUAGAAAUAAGACUGACUUUAUUGACAUAAGACUUCCUUGCUACCGCGUAAAUAAUGAGUUACUACCUACUAAGUACAAAUAAAAGUAUUUCUAAAAGUUCUUAAUAAUAGAUUUUAAUCCAUUAUGCCUACUCUAAUUAAACUCUAUCUGUUAAUUUAUCCGUUUACACGCCUAAGGCUGAGUGGCACCACCUAACUUUGAGCUUAACUUUGACCAUAACCAGUGUUUAUUGUUUAUAGUUUGACAGAUUUUUUACGUUUAUAUUAUAGUUAAAUUAAGAUGGUGCAACCCAGCCUAAGAGUACAGACUUUUUAUUAACCGAUAGUAGUCAAGUAUGAAAGUGCGCACAUUAGUAGGCGCGCACACCGUUGAUUUUUAGUUGGCCGAUAGUUGUGCCCGAUUUUAAAUUGUAUGAAGAAUCGGCCAAAUCGAAUCGGUGUAGUGUGCGUACUCCCAUACAUGCCCAUACUGAUCAACUGCCCGACUAAACUAUCGGCCGACGAAAAAUCAACGGUGUGCGCCUACUCUUACACCGAUUUGCUAUUGGCCCGAUUCCUCAUACAAAUUGGCACCGACCAAACUAUCGGCCGAUUAAAAGUCUGUAGACAGGGGCUCUAACAUUAUAGUACGAGUAUAAAAAAUAGUUGAUAACAAAGAAAGAUCCCUACAAAACUUUCACCAAACAUAUUCUAUAAAAGUCAUGUAUUCCACAAAAUUUCAAAGCGCAUACCCAAGAAAGGUCAAUAAAUUAUCUGGUCGCCAGAAAACGUUUCCAAAAGCAAUACAACUUUACUUCAAUAUUGCACUAAAUAGUAGAUGGACACUUUGAAACACAUUUGCCACAAAAUAUACAAAAAAAAAUGAAACAACAGAGAUCCUUUGCUUGGCAAAAAACUAAUAGUCAGUCACAUCUACAUGUCGUCCAUGAACCAUUCAAAAGUACAACCCAUACAAAAAAGAGGUGCCCUGACUAAAACUUUGCUUAAAGCAUCUUAAAA